AUGAAUACCAACGAAAUUCCACUCAUCAACGUACCUUAUCCACCAGAAUUGACUGUCGAAGAUAUCUUAAGUCGAAGAUCCGAGGAGAAACUACGGUUAAGAGCUCCAAAUCAGUUUUUCAUUUAUAGAUUGGCGUACAUAAGAGAGCUCAAGAAAAUAAUCGGAGAAAGUAUCUCUAUGACCAGAAUUUCACCCCAAAUAAGUUCGUCUUGGUCCAGAGAGCCUCCUGAAGUAAAGCAAGCUUAUAAAAAUCUCUCUGGUCUGACAGAAAAUCGGUUGAAGGAAAUGAGAAAAAAUGAUACUCCAAUAUUUAUUCACGAAAACUUUUCCUCUCCACCACCACCACCUAGUCAACCUGAUGAAAAUAUCAUAAUUUAUGAUGUACCAUUUUAUCCUUAUUCGGACUAUUUUUGCGAUGAUUAUUUCUAUGAUUAUUACAAUAAUUGUUAUUAUUCCUGUUAG